ACCUAGUUCCCAACUCCACACUCUCUCUGUCUGUGAGGCAUACGUUAGGGUUUCACAGCCGUCCAUUACAGCAAACGAAGAAGAAAUGGCUCCAAAGAAGGGUGCAAAAUUGCCGGCGAAGAAAAAGGUUGAGAAAGUCGUGAAUCCGCUGUUUGAGAAAAGGCCAAAGCAGUUUGGCAUUGGAGGAGCUCUUCCGCCUAAGAAAGACCUGCAUCGGUUCGUCAAAUGGCCCCAAGUUGUCAGAAUUCAGCGGAAGAAGAUGAUACUGAAGCAGAGGUUGAAGGUGCCACCUCCAAUUCAUCAGUUCUCCAAGACCCUCGACAAGAACUUGGCAACAAGCCUUUUCAAGAUGCUCCUCAAAUAUAGGCCUGAGGAUAGAGCUCAAAAGAAAGAGCGUCUUUUGAAGAGAGCCCAGGCUGAGGCUGAAGGGAAAACUCCUGAGGUCAAGAAACCUAUUGUGGUGAAGUAUGGUCUAAACCAUGUUACCUAUCUCAUUGAGCAGAACAAAGCUCAGUUGGUGGUCAUUGCUCAUGAUGUUGACCCAAUUGAGUUGGUUGUAUGGCUCCCUGCCCUGUGCAGGAAAAUGGAGAUCCCAUAUUGUAUUGUGAAGGGGAAGGCUAGAUUGGGAACUAUUGUCCAUAAGAAGACCGCCUCUGUUUUGUGCUUGACCUCUGUGAAGAAUGAAGACAAGCUGGAGUUUAGCAAGAUCCUGGAGGCGAUAAAGGCCAAUUUCAAUGAUAAAUACGAUGAGAUGAGGAAGAAAUGGGGAGGUGGUGUUAUGGGCUCAAAAUCCCAGGCCAAGACAAAAGCAAAAGAGAGGCUUCUUGCCAAGGAAGCUGCUCAGAGGAUGAGUUAAGGGCUCGUGGUAUCAGUUUUCUGAUAGUGAUAGGUUCAAAUGAGAGGAAAUAUUUAUGCCCCUGUUGUUCAAGAUUCAGAUGCUUGUUUUUUGUUUACAAUUAUUAACUACCUGCUAUUUGAAUCCACUUUCUUUUCUUUACGAUAUAUGAUUUGGAUACACGAUAUGGGACAAGAUAGCUGUCUAAGAUCCUGCUGGAUAUGUCAAAUUCUUGGGUUUUCUUGUGUUA